AUGUUCCAAUCCAUUUCGCAAUGCCUCAAUUCAUCAACCUCCACUCUAUUCCAUGCUCGACAAGCUCACGCACUUUUCCUCAAAUUCGAUCUCUUUUCCAACACCCAACUCACCACAAGUCUCCUCACUCUCUAUUCUCACUACCUUCCCUUCCCACAACUCAACAUUAUCCUCUCCUCUCUCCCUCAACCCACAAUCUUCUCUUUCUCCUCCAUUGUUCAUGCUUUUGCUAGGUCACAUCACUUCCAUCAUGUUCUUGGUGCGUUUUCUCAUAUGGGUUCUCGUGGUCUUGUUCCCGAUAGUUAUCUACUUCCUAGUGCUAUCAAGGCUUGUGGUAUAUUGAAAGCGUUGAAACCUGGUAGACAGGUUCAUGGUUAUGCUGCUGUUUCUGGGUUUGGUUCUGAUUCUAUUUUGGUGUCUUCUUUGGUUCAUAUGUAUUUGAAAUGUAAUAGAAUUGAAGAUGCACAUAAACUGUUUGAUAGUAUGUCUGAAAGAGAUGUGAUUGGUUGGAGUGCUAUGAUUGCGGGUUACUCGAGAAUAGGGCUUGUUGAUAGGGCUAGAGAGCUUUUUUCGGAGAUGAGAAACGAGGGUGUGGAACCGAAUUUGGUGUCGUGGAAUGGUAUGAUUGCUGGGUUUGGAAAUGCAGGGUCUUAUAUUGAGGCGGUGAUGUUGUUUCGUGAGAUGAUAUCGGAAGGGUUUUUGCCUGAUGGGUCUACUGUUUCUUGUGUUUUGCCUGUUAUUGGGAACUUGGAGGAUGUUUUGAUGGGCGAACAGGUUCAUGGGUAUGCAAUCAAGCAGGGUUUGGAAUCAGAUAAUUUUGUGCUGAGUGCACUUCUUGACAUGUAUGGAAGAUGUGGAUGUGCAUCUGAGAUGUCUAGGGUGUUUGAUGGAAUUGAUCAAACGGAAAUAGGUUCUUUGAAUGCUUUCCUUACUGGGUUGUCGCGCAAUGGUUUGGUUGAUACUGCAUUGGAGGUGUUUAAGAAGUUUAAAGCUCGAGAAAUGGAGUUGAAUGUUGUGACAUGGACAUCAAUAAUUGCUAGCUGCUCCCAGAAUGGGAAAGACAUGGAAGCUUUGGAGUUUUUUAAAGAUAUGCAGGCUGAUGGUGUGGAGCCUAAUGCUGUCACUAUCCCAAGUUUGAUCCCUGCUUGUGGAAAUAUUUCAGCGUUAACGCAUGGAAAGGAAAUCCAUUGUUUUUCUCUCAGGAAGGGAAUUUUCGAUGAUGUAUAUGUAGGCAGUGCAUUGAUCAAUAUGUAUGCCAAUUGCGGAAGAAUCCAGUUAUCACGGCGUUGUUUUGAUCUAAUGCCAUCUCGGAAUAUGGUUUCUUGGAAUGCAGUUAUGAGUGGUUAUGCUAUGCAUGGAAAAGCUAAGGAAACAUUUGAGAUGUUUCAUAUGAUGUUGCAAACCGACCAUAAGCCCAACUCAAUUACCUUCACAUGUGUGUUAUCUGCGUGCUCCCAAAACGGCUUAACAGAAGAGGGAUGGAAUUACUUUAAUAGCAUGUCGAAAGAAUACGAUGUUAAACCUCAGAUGGAACAUUAUGCUUGCAUGGUUACGCUGCUCAGUCGUGUAGGAAAACUAGAAGAAGCUUAUUCUAUCGUCAAGGAAAUGUCAUUUGAACCAGAUGCUUGUGUUUGGGGAGCCUUGUUAAGUUCUUGUAGAGUUCACCAUAAUUUGAGUUUAGCUGAGAUUGCGGCAGAGAAGCUUUUCCUGUUAGAACCAGAAAAUCCUGGGAACUACAUUCUUCUUUCCAAUAUUUAUGCUUCAAAGGGUAUGUGGGAUGAAGAGAAUAGAAUACGCGAUAUGAUGAAGGAUAAAGGUUUGAGAAAAAAUCCUGGCUGUAGUUGGAUUGAAAUCGGACGGAGGGUACACACGCUUCUUUCUGGCGACAAAUCACAUCCACAAAUGAAAGAGAUUUUGGCGAAGUCAGAUAAGUUGAGUAUUGAGAUUAAGAAUUCUGGUUACCUCCCGAUGACUAAAUCUGUGCUGCAAGAUGUGGAGGAACAAGACAAAGAGCAGAUAUUGUGUGGUCACAGUGAGAAACUGGCAGUAAUAUUAGGACUAAUCAACACGAAUCCCAGACAACCUCUUCAGGUGAUCAAGAACCUGAGAAUUUGUGAUGACUGUCAUGCUGUUAUCAAAAUUAUAAGCAGAAUAGAAGACAGAGAAAUUUUUGUAAGAGACACAAAUCGUUUUCACCAUUUCAAAGACGGCGAUUGCUCUUGUGGAGAUUUCUGGUAA